AUGUCAAACUACCCGCAACCAAACUACGGCUACUCCAACCAAGGUUUAACCUCUCGAGGCAGCCAGCCGUCCACUUCUGCGUCUACUUCUACCGACCAAGUCGCGGUACAACUCGGCCACCCGGCGUUGGAAUACGAAGACGGCGUUUCCAAUUUGCGACAGAAAGUAAAACUUUUGAAACGAAUGUCCAAUUCGAUUCAAGAGGAAACGAGCGUCAGAGGCAAACUGAUCGAUUCGUUAUCGGAUGGAUUCGAUUCCGCGACUGUAAAUUUGAAGAAAGCGAAGAAAGAGUUGGAGAAGGUGUACAAACAAGCGAAAGCGGGGCACUUGUUAGCGCUGAUGUUUUUUGCAGUCGGGUUGUUCUUGUUCCUGUACAUGGUGUACAAAGCGAACAGAUUCGUGCGGUGGUUUUUACCAAAGGGAAAGCGAGAGUAG